UGUCUGAUGAGUCAACACCUACUGCCGGAGGGACGAUGUCCAACCUGCUCACCAUAAACUCCGCUGGGAACGGGGAAACCAGAAGCAGCUGCAGCAGAAGGAUCAGAAAGAAGAAGAGGAGGAGGAGGAGUGUGUGAACAGAACUCGACUUUUUUCCCUUCCUACAGGAAUGUUGCUGAGGAAUAAAUGCACUGCUUGUUUCCUUUGACAGAGGAUACUUUGAAAGGAGUGUAGGGAGAGAGGGUUCAUGAUGAAGCUGUUCUCCUUCCUGAGCUCAGCUAGAGACGCCACACCGGAGAACAUCCACAUCUCCUCUCUGCCUCCCAGCGCUCCCACAUUUGACCAGGCCACAGUACCAGAACAUGAUGUGUCAACAGAGAAAGCGUUGGUCCAGACCACCUACACACACAGAGUGUCCUCUCCCACCGUCUUUCUACAAAACCAGGACAAGGAUCCUGUUUCAGACACUUACUUUGACCAGAGGAUCCCUGUUCCGGACGAGAAGAGUGAGGGCUGCAUUAGCCUCCGUAAGCUGUGGGCCUUCACGGGGCCGGGGUUUCUGAUGAGCAUUGCUUACCUGGAUCCCGGGAACAUCGAGUCUGAUCUGCAGUCUGGUGCGAAAGCUGGAUUUAAGCUCCUGUGGGUGCUGCUGGGAGCCACCACCAUCGGUCUGUUGCUGCAGAGACUGGCGGCUCGUCUGGGUGUGGUCACUGGGAUGCACUUGGCUGAAGUUUGCCACCGUCACUACCGCACUGUUCCUCGUAUUAUCCUGUGGUUGAUGGUGGAGCUGGCCAUCAUUGGCUCAGACAUGCAGGAGGUCAUUGGCUGUGCCAUAGCUUUCAGCCUCCUCUCUAACGGAAGGAUUCCCCUGUGGACUGGCGUUCUCAUCACUAUCAUUGACACCUUUUUCUUCCUCUUCCUGGAUAAGUACGGUCUGCGGAAGCUGGAAGCCUUCUUUGGUUUGCUGAUCGCUGUCAUGGCUAUCACAUUUGGAUAUGAGUAUGUGACCGUAGGUCCAGACCAAGGGGAGCUGCUGAAGGGCAUGUUUGUGCCGUACUGUCAGGGCUGUGGACCCGUGCAGCUGGCUCAGGCCGUGGGCAUCGUGGGAGCCGUGAUCAUGCCUCACAACAUCUACCUGCACUCUGCUCUGGUCAAGUCCAGAGAAGUUGACCGAUCAAACAAGAAGGAAGUCAGAGAGGCCAACAAAUACGUCUUCAUCGAGUCGACCAUGGCGCUCUUCAUCUCCUUCCUCAUUAACGUCUUUGUGGUGGCUGUUUUUGCAGAGGCUUUCUACCAGCGCACAAACAUAGAGGUGCACAAUGUGUGCAAUCAGUCAGGAAGCCCACACUCACAUCUGUUCCCUCUGAACAACGAAACUCUGGAGGUGGACAUCUACAAGGGGGGAGUGGUUCUCGGCUGUUUCUUCGGCCCAGCAGCUCUCUACAUCUGGGCCGUGGGCAUCCUUGCAGCUGGGCAGAGCUCGACCAUGACCGGAACAUAUUCUGGUCAGUUUGUCAUGGAGGGUUUCUUGAACCUACGCUGGUCUCGUUUUGCACGGGUGUUGUUGACCCGCUCCCUCGCCAUCACCCCGACCCUUCUGGUGGCCAUCUUCCAAGACGUACAUCACCUUACAGGCAUGAACGACUUCCUCAACGUGCUGCAGAGCAUGCAGCUGCCGUUUGCCCUCAUCCCCAUCCUCACUUUCACCAGUUUGCCGUCCAUCAUGAAGGACUUUGCCAACGGACUUGUGUUUAAGAUCGGAGGAGGCCUGUUGAUCGUGCUCGUCUGUUCCAUCAACGUCUACUUUGUUGUGGUCUAUGUGACCACGUUCAACAGCGUGUGGCUCUACGUGCUGGCCGCCGUCUUCUCCGUGGCGUACCUGACAUUCGUGGGAUAUUUGGUGUGGCUGUGUCUGAUAGCUCUGGGAGUUUCCUGUCUGGAUCCGACCACAGAGAGGGGGAGCGACGGCAGCGUUCUGAUCGAGCAGCAGCAAGAGUCUGACUCGUGAAUCCCACGUUAAACAUUCGGAGGGAUAUUUAUUUUCAAAGCUGCAGCUGUGAGAAACCUGACUCUUCUGUCACACGUGCUGUUUUCUAAGUUUGUUAAUCGUUUGUUUUAUGAAGGGCACAAUGUACAUAGAUGCUGUACAGAGGUGUCAAGCACUGGAAGACUUUUUAUUUUACUUAUCUCUAAACAAAAGAGUGUAAAUGAAAGAAAUAUAUAUAUAAUAAUUUAUAUUAGUUUUUACUAAAGAUCAACCAUUGGAAACAGUUUUUGCCAGCCAGUCUCUUUAUGGGCAUGUUUUAUAUUUCUUCUUCUGAAAUGUGUGUUUUAAUGUUGCUAUUUAAAAUCACUUUGACAAAACUGCGUUGGCCCAGACAGAUGUUUUUCACAGGCAGGUCAAUAAGAGUCCCUCUAGGAGGGUACAAUAACAUAGGAUCCUCAAUCUUGAGGGUGUUUCCCGUGGUUUGGUUUUUUGUUUUUUUUUUUGUUUUUUGUUUUUUUGUAAAAUGGGGCAGUGUAUUUUUAGUAUGAGCCUUUGAUACUCACAAUAAGAAGUCCUGAGACCACAGCCUUUCACAGCAGGGCACGAGAUUAUUACAGUGUCUAAAGCGUUAGCACAGAAUAACACUUUAACAAAUCAAAUAACACAAUACAAAAGAAAAUGAGACUGCGUUGAAAGAUCUAAAAUGUAUUUUAUAUAUAAAAGCUUAUAUAUAUAUAAGCUUUUGUAAUUAAAUGUUUUUGUUUUUUAAAUGUAUUUGCCUUUCCCCUGCAGUUUGUGUUUUGUCCACAAGGUGGCAGUGUAAGCCGCGAGUGACUCUCCAGCUCCUGUAAACGCCUCAGCGUAACAACAUAACAGCACAUUACAAAUGUCACGGUGAGCUACACCGUGUUUAAUAUGUUGUUUUUACACCUAAAACAACAAUAUUGUGUUAAAAAACGUCCGAGCAGGAGAGGCUACAGUGACAGGACUGUCUGUGUGUGUGAGCUGCUGAGCUCAGUGUUGACAGCGGUGUUUGAAAUGCCUGUGGCCGUGGUAUGUCUAUAGAGUUGCAACUAUUGUGCAACUGCAGGCGAGCUCUGCUGCUUUCAGCUCUGCUCAAAUUCCAGUCUUCAAGUGCUUGAGUUUUUUUUUUAGGAGAGGCAGAUGGACAGGUUUUUCUUUGCAUUGUGGCGGGGAACUUUUUUUUCUCUCUCUCUCUCUACUGCCUGUCAUGGAGGCAGAGAGUUAUGUAAGAGGGGAGAGUCUUCCCACCCCCUCUCUGUUUUUGUUUUUCUCAAUGAGCCAAUGUCUCCCUGUCUAGGCCUCACAGCCUGUCCAGUAGGCCCCUUUCCUGGAAACAUAGCCUAGCAGAGGCCACUCAGGGGCAGGCCUGUGUGUGUGUGUGUGAGAGAGAGUAAGUAAGGGGGGCUCUUCCUGCAAAUCACAUGAUUGUAGACCCCUCAGUCCCAGCCCUACAUGAAGCUCAGAUGCUCUGAGUACAUUUCAGCAGCUAGUUUGACAUCUCCAGGCUUGGAUGUAGUAAAAAAGUAUGGCAGAGUGCACACGUCUGUAAGUAGAAGCUGUAGUUCCCCACGUGUGUGAUGUAGAAGUAGAACCGCAGUGUUGAUGAGUGGACUGUGUGUGUGUUAUUGAGAUUUAUUUUAAUUUAUUUUUGAUUAACUUAGUCUUGUUAUUACUACCGGAAACACCACAGAUUUCCUCUUGCUGAUGAUAAUUCAAUUUAAAUUAAGUAAUUAUGAAUAUUUUUAAUGAGUCUCCCCAGAGGAAUGUUAUUGAUGUGUUUAAUAAAUAAUAAUAGUAAGUCGAUUCAACACACAGUGAUGUGUUUGUGCUGAUAAACACAGAAGAGUGAUAAUGUAUAUUUUUGCAACAAAAAAAAAAAAAA